AUGGUUAGCGCGAAGCGAGCGAGCGUGGUGAGCUUCCAGCGCGCUGGCGCGCUGCCACCCUUGCUAUUUAUAGACUUGCAAGAAGAGUCGAGCCCUGAAGAAAGCUCCCGAUUCGAGCGCCGGGUGACUCCCAAGCUGACCUGCAGCGGAGUCACUGCCCCGGAGCUGCAGAAGCCUGAGGAGCAGAUCUCCACUUCUCCGGCCAUUCCUAAUUUCUUUCUCAUCCGCUUAUUUAACGCCAGCUGCAAUUUCUGCAUUGCCCGGUCAUUGGUGUAUCCUUAUGACUUUAGACUAACAGAGAAAGAGAAGACUAGUAUCUGCUACUUGUCCUUCCCAGACUCCUACUCAGGUGGCCUGGGGGAUACUCAAUUUAGCUUCCGCCUUCGUCAGUCUGGGGGACAGAGGACCACUCAUUACGAGGAUGACGGCGAGUACAAUAGAGAAGCACCUCUAACGCUGCAGCGGGAGUCAGCCCAUUACUUUGGUUAUGUAUACUUCAGGCAAGUCAAGGACAGCUCCAUGAAGAGAGGUUAUUUUCAGAAGUCUCUGGUGCUGGUGUCACGCCUUCCAUAUGUGAACUUGUUCCAGUCAUUGCUGCAGCUGAUUGCUCCGGAGUACUUUGACAAGCUGGAGCCGUGCCUGGAGGCAGUGUGCAAUGAGAUUGAUCAGUGGCCGCCUCCCGUGCCAGGACAGACUCUGAACCUUCCGGUGAUGGGAGUUGUCAUCCAGGUGAGAAUCCCAUCAAGGGUGGAUAAACCAGGAUCAAGUCCAGUGAAGCAGUUCAACCAAGAGAAUCUGUUACCAGCCCCACUGGUUCUCCCCAGUAUUCACGAACUGGAUCUUUUCAGGUGUUUCCAGCCCGUGCUAAUCCACGUCCAGAUGCUAUGGGAGCUGAUGUUACUAGGAGAGCCAAUUGUGGUAAUGGCACCAUCCCCUACGGUUUCUUCAGAAAUGGUUCUGGCACUUACCAGCUGCCUUGCUCCUCUGAGGUACUGUUGUGACUAUCGCCCCUAUUUUACUAUCCACGACAGUGAAUUCAAAGAGUACACCACCAGGACACAAGCUCCGCCAAACAUUGUUGUGGGAGUCACAAACCCUUUCUUUAUCAAAACUCUCCAGCACUGGCCACACAUUCUUCGGGUUGGGGAGCUCAGGAUGUCAGGAGACCUGCCCAAGCAAGUUAAGGUGAAGAAGCUAGCUAAACUAAAAACUCUAGACACAAAACCAGGCUCUCGGCGGCGCAUUCCUCCGGUCUUCCCGCAGGGUGGCUCUGCCUUCCCAAGUGUCCACGUCUCCACCCGGUUUGGUGUCAUCGGCAAACGCCGUCGGGACACCCUUGAUCCCAUCGCCUGGAUCACCUAUGAAGAUACCAAGCGGCGCUUGGUAUCAACCAACCAACUUGGGACUGGUUGGCAGCUUGAGAAGGAGCUGGUGACCACCACCCUCGGG